AUGCCCUCUCCAUGGAAGCGUGUUGACCUGCUGAACCUCUCGUCCACUUCCGCUGCUCUGGCGCGGCGACGGGCGGCUGCCGCUGCAGCAGCUACGACCCCAACCAGCACCCUAAAAGGCAUAUUUAGCUCUUCAGGGCAGGACGACAAUGAGAUCACCAGACGUAACGUGGCGGAAGUGAAGGAUUAUGCCAAGCCGGUCACGUCUGCCGCUUCAGUUUCCAGGAGCAGGAGAUGCAGUGACGCACCGCACUGUACGCACCGAUUAAGCAGCACCCCCAGCCUCACGGUGCAUCCAGCUUCUGCGGCGACCCGCGUCUCCAUCUCUCGGCUGCUCGGCGGAGCGUCGCUGACCUGGCAAGAAUCGCUGGCGUGUUUCGUGGAGUUGGUAGAAGGCAGCAGCAAGAGGGGUCCACAGGACAAGGAACAACCCCUUCAAGUACAGGAGGAUUGUGCUGUGCCGCUAGAGGCAAUCCUUUCCCUCUACGCGACGCUGAGGCGAAACGCAGCGGAGCAACAGCACACGAUGAAGUACGGCGAGGAGCUGAACACCACAUUAUCGAGCGCCGUUGAAGAAGAAGAUCAUCUUCGUGGUAAUGCGUUCCCGCAACUACCAGCAACAGAUGUGUCGAGUCGUAGACUCCGCUGCUCCUCUUCCCCUUCCUCUGCGAAUGACUUCUCCAGCGUGUCGUUGUUUGCCGACACACUACCGCUGCGUUUCCUGGCCUACGCCGCGCAGCACAACACUGCCCUCGCACCCCUUCACCGCGUUCUGUCCGCUGCAUUUCGCAGCAACGUAGGCGGCGCAUCGCCUCCACCUUCUCCAACUUUCCGACCCGGAUGCGAACGUCAGGAAGGUGGCCUCGGAGGUGUGUCACUAUCACGCGAGGUUGUAAACGACUUGACGCAGCUUCUGAGCGUUGCCACGGUGCUGCACGUGGGGCUGGGCGAAAUCCUGCAAGCAGCACCGGCCGCAUCCCCCACGAAAAGAACAGCAGAAGAAUCAUCAUCGCUUUCCGCGUCAGCGACAUCGUCAUCGUGGCAGCUUCCGCUGCGGUGGGCGGCUCUGCGGACGAUUCACAAUCUCGAGCGCUACGGCGGCGCUCGUGAGUACGUCGCUGCACUGUCGGAGAGCGUCGAGCGCAAUUUCGAGGCUUCCACGGGCAGCGGAGUGGCGGCACAAGCAGCCACCGGCAGCAACGCUCCCCCUUCACCUCUGCCGCGCAGCCAACGUGAAACGCACGGCCUGGACUCCGCAAGAGCGGGGCCGCACCGGACACGAAGUCAACCGACCGCCUCCCUUUCUCCAUCAUCGCCGCACCACCUCUCUGUCCUCGACGCUGCGGUGCAGAAGCAGGAGUCGGAGGUGCAGCAUGCGAGGGCGGUAGUGGAGGCCGCCGCCCGCCAGCAGCCGAAUUUCACUCUGCUGCUGCAGCCAUUGCAGGAGGCGUGGGAGGCGCACAACACGCGUCGGCUACCCGCGACAACAUCCACGCACAGGACCCCUCCUGCCGGCGGCACCGGUGCGAACGGUGACCUUUUUCCGAGCCAAACCGAGACUGUCACCAGCACACCCGGAGACGUCUGCGAGACGAUGGACGGCACCGUCCCUUCUUUCCCUUCUUCCUCUUCGUCGGUGCAAGCUUCUGCCGCUGCGGCGGAUGUGGCGCUGGCGAUGGUGCGCUCCCUUGCGCAAACAGACCUCUCCGCUGCACACGUUGACUGCAGCGGCGUACAGCAAGGCGACGCUGCGUGGAGGAGUGGCAGCACCAUGUCCACAGCAGAGCUUACCUGUUUGACGCUGGACGUCGUGCACUUUACGUGGACGGCCAUGAACGCCGCUCACGAGUGGGACCACGUGGAAAACAGUUCUCACACUUCCGGCUCUCCGUCGACAGAAGAACAGUUGGGAGUGGAGCGCAGCGCUGCGGCGAGGACAGCGGAAGGCGAGGCGCUGCUUCAGCUGGUGCGCACUGCUACGCGUUUUGCUUCGUACGCGGAUCUGUGCACCUGGCUGGAGCGUCUUCUUCCUCCGACGCCACCGGCGGCAGCCCCUGCGGUGUCCCUCGGCGUACGGGAUUACCUCGUUACCGCCAACGGUAACGUGUCGCUGCCUCAGCGGGCGGCACUCCUUUGUCUUCUCACGCGCGUCGUGCGACGGGCGCCGUCGUGGUCGGCGGUGUGCACCGUGCUGCCGGCAAUGUGGCGCCGCAUUCCAACAGCUGCGCCGGCACCGGCGUCGCUUCGUGUCCCGAACGCGUCGCUGCGGCUGCGACACACAGACGAGGAGGCGGCGGCAUGUGGAUCGGGGUACGCCUCCUGCCCAUCUCUGUUGAGUGCGUUCUUUGAGUCUCCGCACGCGCCGACUCGUCGGCCGCACACACGCGAUGAACUGGCGAUGUGGUGUAAGGCUAUUUGCGGCGCGAGUGGUAUCACGGGCACCGAUAAGACAGCAUAUAAGGAAUCAGUCAUCCGGCCAGCGUCAGCGAAAGUAACGCAUGACGCUUCGCCAGGAACAAAUGAAGGGCAGCUGAGUGCAGCAGAGUGGUCGCGGCUGCUGUACGGGUCUGCGCCACCCACAAUUGCCGACGUUUCUGUGUGUCCGUUGGCACUGUGGCACUCCUCCGUCACCGCCGCUGCCACCGCAUUUGUCGGACAGUGGCUGCAUCCGGCCGCUGCGCAUGACACGGCGCUCGAUUGCCUCGCGACGUGCCAUGUCGCGUGUGCCAAAUCCUGGGCGACUCCUCCUUCGUUUUGUACCCCGGCUUCGUCUGACACCACAGGUGAGAACUCCCCUGACAACCGCAGCGGUGCCGCCUGGAGGGCAGAGGCCGUUGCCCAGUUAGCACACCAACACCGCGCCUUCUCGUUGACGUUUCUCACACGCGAAGAGACGUUUGACUGGUUCAAUUUGGUGUUGUGUCGCACGGAGCGCGGCGUUGCCCGCCAGCUGGUGCUCGCAGCGGCGAUGGAGGCGCGGUGGUGCAGUGCCGGGGCCGCCGCGCCGUUGCCUCCGCCUACCUACCGCGCAACCGCACCCUCCACCUCGCCGGCCACCACCGCGUCUGCUGAGAUGAUUCAGAAAGACGUCGAGGACGCACAUGAUGUCGUACGGCUCUCGUCAUCGUCGUUUUCUUGUACCGCGGACGCAGAUGCAGCAGUGGCGGAUCUAACGCGAGUUUUUCUGCGAUGGGUCACCGCACGCGAGACCGCUUCCACCGCCACUGAUGCGGACCGCAGCGACGCCGCUGCCGUUUCCCUGUUGACCGGCACAUCGUUCAGGCGUGAAGGAAAUGGCCGCUUGGGGGACGUGGGACUUCUUUUCGCGGACGUCGCCGCAGCGCUCAGUCCCUCCUUCAUUUCUACGGAGUUCAACUCGUCGGUGCUGGCCUUGUCGCCGUCGAAGCCGUCGACGGCGGUCGCGUUGCUUUUGGAAGUCGUGCGGAGCGCCGUGACGGAGACGGGGUUGCUGUGGGAGCGACAAAUGGGCCAGCCUUCCUCCCACGUGAAGGAUGACACACACGCGGUCCCACUGCCGCUGCAGUUUUUCAACGCGGCGGUGGAGUCGGUGGGGCAGCGGCCGUCUGCAUCCGUCGAUCGCGGUGGGUCUGAGGAGGAGGCGUCAUUGCACGAUCGGGAGCUUCAACUUGCACGACUGCGUAGCUGGCUGCAGUUCCUGUGCACCUGUCCCCCGCUGCUCUUGGCGGAUAAGGUGUACGUGGUGGUGUGGCUGUACACACUCAUGCGACAGGUGGAGGAGAUGCAUCAGCGGCUUCACGAGAGUGCCGGUGGGGCACCAACUCCGCUGGUACCUGAAACGCAGUCGAGGCUUGGCGAAGGCAUGCACACGCACUCCAGCAGCAGCAACUCCCUGACACACAGGGCAGGUCUAGUGGAGAGAUCGAGUCAACAGGGAGGUGGACAGGCGUGGUCGCAGCAGGAGGAAGCGGAGACCGUACGCCUUGCUGCUGCGUCGCUGAGCAGGCAGCUCUGGUCAACCCUGCCCCCGUCCUCUUUAGUUCCACCGAUGCUGCUGAACUGGCUGCUCACGCGCGGCGGCUUGCCCACCUGGGGUGAUGCCGUGAGGUUUCUGCGUGCGUCGGCAGCAACGGCCACCGUGCGACCGCCGCCCGAAACAAAGAAGGUUUUCGAUGGGGCAGGAGAAGGCGAUCAUGACGACCAAGCUAAAGUUGAUGACCAGCGCCGGUAUUUGUUUUUGGUACUGCCGCUGGAUCGGGUAGUGUCGAUGGCGCACGCGAUGCGGGUACUGCGGACUCUUCAGGCCGUCGAGGAGCGCUGCCACGACGCCGCACGCAAACGCACGCGAGAUGCGCUGCCGCUGUCAACCCGCGAAAGCAGCCCGUCGAGUGGGAACGGCGGCGAUAACACCGUGGUAGGGGAAGCGAGCGUACACCGCUCCCAGACGCGGCAAACGGAAAAAGGAUCCUCGCGCCAAGCCGCCUCCUCCGCGGCCACGAUAGACUUACGCGACGACGUCGCUGUCACCGUGUCCUCCACGGGAGCGAACGGCACGGCGAUUGAUCUGCUGGUACGGCACUACUACUACCCCGAGAUUGAACGGGUGCUGCUGCGUGAGUGGUACAGUCGCGCCUUGGCGGCGGUGCUGCGCUUCCUGGUGGCGCAUCCCGAGCACACGUUUCUUACCUCCGUUGCUGACGCGCCAGACCACGCCGCGCUCGCCGUGCGUGCGUGGCUCGAAAGCGGGAACGCACACGACGAGCAGGGCAGUACGACAGAUCGUGAAGGAGUGCGGGCUUCGUUUGCCGAGCGGCUCCACGCACCCGAUCUUUCGAGUGUGGGUGCGAGUGUGACGUCGCUUCACGAAUGGCAGGAGUGGAUUGGCCUCUCCCAUCAAAAGAAAACAAUCGGAAUAAAUGCGGUGGCGGCCCUUACAGAGCCAGGAACGGUGCCGUUGCCGCCCGCCUCCCAGUCGAGGGCCGCAGAUGAGCACGAAGCCGCUCCCCGUCGAAGCGCGACAGAGUCGUACACUGGCGCUGCGUUGACGAUUGAAAAACAACGCGACAGCGAAGAGCUACAUCAACCGAAUUCCACCGUCGCGCCAACGCACACCUUACGCAUCCCGCUGCACUUUGUCGGCACCUUCAUCCUCCAAGAGUGUCGCAUCGGUGCUCCGGUGAGCACCUCCUUUGCAGAAGCGUCAGCGAGACAAGCUGCCAUGACAGGUCGAGCUAAGCUCUCUUCUCAGGAUUCGAACGCCAAUGCGGUGCAAAGGACCUCGUCACCGAGAAGCCAGGAAGCCCCACAACGGGCCACGACGAAGCCAUCGUACGGAAAGCGCGGCCGUCUGCGAACACUGCCCUCGCUGGAUUCGCUGCUGCAGGACACCGAGUGCUGCCCCGCCGUGGGCCAUGACCGUCUGAACACGUUAGAGGACGCUGCGGCAAGGGCAGCAGUUUCACCUGACGCACGCCGCACCCGUCCAGUCCAUCCCGAGCUGCUCGAGUUAUUUACGCGAGUGCUGCAAAUUAAGAAGGCAGAGGCAAGGGGCGUCGACAGCACAGCUGCCGCACGCGAAGAAACAGUAGAGGAUGUCGUGGGCCAGGUCCUCGCUCACCGUGCGAUCGCAUCUCGGUAG